UCAGCUGUGUCCAAUCACAGCUGAUCACUGAUGAUCAGUGUGCCCUGAUGAUCAGUGUAGCCCCAGCAGCGCCACCUGUCAGUGGUCAUCAGUGCCAGCUCUCAGUGCUCAUCCAUGCCACCUGCCAGUGCCCAUCAGUGCCACAUCAAUGCCACAUAUCAGUGUCCAUCUGAGCUGCCUUUCAGUGUCACUCAUCUGUGCCAGUCAGUGCCACCUAUCAAUGCCAGUCAGUGCCACCUAUCAGUGCUGCCAAUCAGUGCCGCCUAUCAGUGCCGCCUAUCAGUGUGCAUCAGUGCCGCCUAUCAG